AUGUUAGAGAGAGGAGAGCACAAGGCAUAUGCAGACAAGAUUAUCCAAGAAACAGAGCUAAGCAGAGACCACCUCACACCUGAACUGAACCUUCACCUUAUCACUCAGUCAUGUCGACUCUGGAAGGCACAACCUGAAGACUCACCUUUUCCUGAACCUUUCUGGGCUUUUUAUUGGCCAGGAGGUCAGGCGGUAGCAAGGUUAAGAAUAUUUAUUUACCAAUAUGUCUUAGACAGCCCAUAUUUAGUAAGGGCAAGAGAGUUCUUGACUUGGCUGUGGUUGUGGAGCAAGUGGGUUAGCUGCUCUCAGUCCAAGGCUAAGAUGGUGAUGUUUAACGACAUUGAGUGA